CAGAGCCAUGCUGCCAGCCCAUUACCCAAUCCGGCGAUCCUGUCCGGCACUUCGGCGAGUCGGAAGAAGCCAAGGAGUCAAGGACCGAAGGACGCAAGGUCGCAGUCCCGCCGCCCGCCUCUGCUGCGUGGUAGUCUGCUUCUCAAAAUCUCACUUAUCAGCUUACGGCCUUGUGGCAGUUCUGGCUGAGUGGCUGCUUUCCGUAGCUCCGCUUAUCUCCCCAGCCCCCACGCACCAGCCAUGGCAGGAAAGGUGGGAGCUCAGGAUCAACAACUGACACAAAAUCAACCUGCUAGGGUUGUGGAGAAGCUGAUACCUGCUGUCCAGCAGCAGCUUAACCUGGAAUCUGUCAAGACUCGAGCUAUCAGCCUCUUUAAAGCCAUCUCUCGCAUACUUGAAGACUUUGAUGCCAUAGCACGCACCAAUGCUGUUCCUAAAUGGCAAGACAUUUUAGGGCAGUUUUCGAUGGUCAACCUGGAGCUGUUUAAUAUAGUUGAAGACAUAAAAAAGGUUUCUAAGGCGUUCGUUGUGCAUCCAAAGAAUGUUAAUGCUGAGAAUGCUACAAUUCUACCUGUUAUGUUAUCAUCGAAGUUGUUGCCUGAAAUGGAAAUGGAUGAUAACACCAAAAGGGAGCAAUUGCUUCUUGGCUUGCAAAAUCUCUCUGUGGCCUCACAAAUAGAGAAGCUCAAGAACCGAAUUGACAUGAUUGGAGCAGCUUGUGAAAGUGCUGAAAAGGUCAUAGCUGAUACACGUAAAGCCUAUUUUGGCACUCGACAGGGGCCCACGAUUCUUCCAACUAUAGACAAGGCACAAGCUGCUAAAAUCCAGGAGCAGGAAACUUUACUUCGAACUGCUGUAAACCAGGGAGAAGGGUUGCGAGUACCUGUAGACCAACGGCAGAUCACUUCUUCGCUUCCUGUACAUUUGGUGGACAUUCUCAUCGUUAAUGAUGGACAACAGACUCUUAAUGAUUCAUCGGGAAUGUACUACCAGAAAAGUACACCACCCCUUACAUCAAGUAACCAUAGUGGUCAGGGAGCUUCAUUUCAGGGGGGUUUGGGAGCACAUGGUGGAAGGACAGCAGCUGCUUCUCCAGGUGGUCCUGCAGGAAAUACCACAAUCGAUACCAUGACGGCAUCUCCUUUACAAUAUGCUAAUUCACCUAAUCGUUCCGGGACAAACCUGAUGACAAUGAACACACCAUCUCCCCAGCAACAGCCCCAUCAACAACAGGCACCACCACAGCCGAGACAGAAACUGAUGCAGUUAACUCAACAGCAGCAGCAGCAAUUCCUUGCUCAACAGACAUUUAGGCAAUCCCCAAUGACUGGGUUGAAUCAAAACCAGUUUGCACAGCUGCAACAAGAUCUGCAGCAGGGUCAGAGUCCACAGAAGUUUCAAUCUAUGCACGGUCAACCUCAAAUCCAAUUUUCUCAAUCACAUGGUGGAGCCCAGCAGUUUCAGGGAAGGCAGUCUGCCUCCGGUGCUAUUCAGCAUGCUAUGAGUCAAAACCAACUCAACCAAGGAAAUCAGCUAAAUCGUAUGGUGAACCAAUUUUCUGGCCCUGUGAAUAGUGCACUUUUUAAUCCUGCCCAGAGUGGGCCGACAUCCCAGAUGUUUGGAAUGUCGAGUGGCAAUCGGUCUUUGGCUGCUUCAAGUCUAAGUGAUCAAAUGUUCAACAUGGGGACAAGCAAUCCUACUGGAAAUAUGAUGCAAAUGCAACACCAACAGCAGCAUGGGACAUUCGGAAAUAUAGGCCAAAAUAUACAAGUAGGUAAUGGUGGUGGGCCUCUUCAAAAUGUCCCCCAAAAUCACCCUUCUUAUCAGCAGCAGCAGCACAGGCCGCCUCAAGGACAACAGUGAUGAUUCUCCCAAAUAUACACGGCCGGUUUUUUUGUACGUGCAUGAACUCCACUUCCAGGCUCACAUAGCUAACUUGAAAAAUGUGAGAUUAUCAAUGGUCAUCUCAAAGGCUAAAGUCGGUAGAUUGGAUUGUUAUUGGUUUGCAAACAUUUGUGAAUAAGCAUAUUUACGGAGCAACUGUGGUGUAAUGUUAAUUUCAUACCGAGUGUAGCUAAAAGCUGUUAUGUUUACUUUAUUCUUAUUGCUCAGUUCUUAUUCUAAAUAGAUUAGAAUUCUUGAUAAUUUUUUUUAUGUUAUAUCAACAAUAACAUAAAAAAUUCAUAAAAUACAAUGUGUAAUAUAUGAAAAUAAAAUGAGGUACUUUGACUACAUUUUAUUCAUUAAUGUAUUAAUUAAUUAUUUUGAAAAAUAUUGUUAAAUUUGGU